AUGUGGUCUGGCACAAAGACAAUUGCUUACGAGGUCAACCACUGCUGGAUCUCUCCGCUUCGCCGAGGGCCGGCGGAGGUUGCGGACGCAGAAUGCGAGGUGGAGCGGGCGAGGGCUGCCGCCGUGGCUGCGGCGAGUUCGGCAGCUGCGGCGGCAGAGGCGGCGGUUGCGGCGGCCACGGAGCGGCGGAGGGCCGUGGUGGUCGCUGCAGCGUCACGAAGCGGGGGCCACAGCACUAGCUUGUGGCGCCGGAGCCGGCGUCCCAGCCUCACCGCAGAAGCUGCCUCCUCCUCGGGAGUGAGUGCGGCGGCAGUGGUGUCGGAGAUCCACGCCAACGCCGCGGCGGCGGCAGCCAACCUCGAGUCUCACGACGUCAAGCGCACGGCCGUGCCUGUCCGCCUCGCCGACGAUGUGGGCGUCCGGCCUGUUGACCUCGCCGCCGCCCGCUUCGCCGGCAGAGCAGAGGUGCUCCCGCCGCUGCCGUCCGGCCUGCUGCUCGCGCUCCUCCUCCUCGCUGUGUCGACGCUGGGCCCGGCCCUCGUCGAGAUCUGGUCGCGACUCCACCGGCGCAGAGGCCGUCUUCGCGCAGAGGGCAUCGGAGGGGAGAGAGGCGAGGCUGGCGGCGGCGAGGCUGGCGGCGGCGAGGCUGGCGGCGGCGAGGCUGGCGGCGGCGAGGGCGCAAACCGGCCGGCUGAGGAGUGCAGCGGGGAGGAGGAGGAGGAGGAGGAGUGGCUGCGUGCCGUGACCGCCUCUGCCGCCAAGCUGCCGACGAGGGCGGUGAGGGCGGCGGGCGGGCACGCGAGGUGGGAGCAAGGCUGGCGAGAGCAGCAGCGAGCGCUCGCCCUCGCGUCGCUCGGCCGUCUUUGCUCCGGCGCGGCGAGGCAGCGUGCGCUGCUGUGCUGGCGGAGCGCGGCGGCGGCGAUUGCCGCCGACGAGGCGCUCGCGGCGUCCGAAGACGAGCGCGCGAAGGCGCGAGAGAGGGGGUGGGAGGGGGCGAGGCUGCAGCCGCCGGAGGAGGAGGAGGCUGCUGCAGCCGCCGGGCGGAUCGGUGCUGCUGCAGCCUCCUCGGCGGCGGAUCGGUCGCUCGGCGUCAGCGACGCAUCCGUCGAGAUUGCAAUGCUGGCGGACCGCUUGGCCGAGGUCAACGACGCGCUCGCCCUCGAGGCGGAGCGCAAGCGGCGCGCCGAGGUCCUCGCUGCGACGAGCGCUGCGCUGCGGGGCCUGCACGGCGCGGCGGAGCACGGCGCGGCGGAGGAGGUCGCGGCGGAGGAGGUCGCCUCGCUCGGCCUGCCAAGGCGAGGGCCGUUGCCCGCGGCCCAGCGCCUCUGCGCGUGGACAGUCGAGACAGACUCGUAG